AUGGCGGACGCUCCAACCGAUAUUCGAUAUGACCGUGUGUGGUUUUAUGAAAUGGAUGACCUUUCAAAUGACGCCGAAUACACCUCUGGUUCUAGCUAUUCGAACUCCAUCCCCGCAAACUCUAGCUUCCAUCCUCCUCCUUUGCCUAAGCCUAAGUCAGUUGCUGUGGCUAAACAGCCCCGAAAUAGUGGCAGACACUACGGGGAAUGCUGGGCUAGUUGGAAGCAACUUCCGACAGCGCUUAACGACGAGAAUGUCAUGCGCCGCUAUGUCUACGAAUAG